AUGUCCUUCCGCGCGCCUGUUCAACCUUUCCUAUCCCACAUCCGCACAUUCACAAGCUCCAAUACAUUAUGGGCGAAAUCAACGAAACAGCGACUAGCGUUUGAGCAUGCGUCUGUCCCUCCAUAUCCCUACGGACCUUCGCAAAUCUACAAACAAUCGAAUUUCGGUCUCUAUGGUCUUCAAAAGAUCAGAUUCGGCAACAUCGUCUCGAAGAAGAACGAGAUCAAGACCCGCAGACACUGGCGUCCUAACGUACAUUUCAAACGGUUAUGGAGUGAGAGUUUGGGCGUGCAGAUCAGGCUACGAAUUACUACGCGUGUCUUACGGACGGUGGACAAGUGCGGAGGACUAGACGAGUAUCUGCUGGGCUCGAAGGCGAGACGGAUAAAGGAACUGGGCAUGGGAGGAUGGAAACUUAGGUGGAGGAUUAUGCAGACGGAUAAGGUCAAAGAGAGGUUUAGGAAGGAGCGGGAGGCUCUUGGGUUACCACCGCUCGAGGGCGAAGUGAACGCUGAAGGUGUAGCUGAUGAAGCGGGUCGGUUGGAGGCUAUAGCCCAGAUUGACCAGGAGUUAGCGAAGGGAGUGGAGGUCACUGUUGGAGAGGUGGAUUUGCAGGAGGGAGAAGUCGAUGAAGUGGAUGCAUCGGAGGAGAGUUUCAUGGAGGAGAAAUCCCCGCGGGACGGAAGAAUUGUUGUAUGA